CAGCAGCAGCAGCAGCAGCAGCAGACGCAGCAGCGACGGCGGUGGAGAAGGCGCCACCUCCAUCUCGCAACCUCGGCAGCUUUACUGCCUUGUCAACCACCUCCAGCAGACGGCGGCGACGGCGGAAGCGGUGGCCCCAUGCCUAAUCCCCUCUACAGCUUGGCCGUGCAGUCCCCUCAAGAGGUAGUUCUCACGUUGGCAUCGUUUGCCGUCACCAAACUCGCAUAUGUCCGCGUGACUAAAGCUUUUCGGGAGCUUUACAUGCUGGAGGCGGGAGUGGAUGUGCGAUUCCGGCUCACGUUCGCGGCGAGCGGAGUGCAGGCCCGCGCGGUUAUUGACGGCCUCCCAGCUGACAUUGUGGCGCUCGCGCUGCCGCUGGAUCUUGAUAAGAUCGUGGCGGCGGGGAUCAUCCACCCGGAUUGGAGGAACCGCUACCCGUGCAACUCAAUUGUGUGCGAAACCACCGUUGCGUUUGUCGUACGGCAGGGCAACCCCAAGAACAUUCGUACAUGGGACGACCUGACUCGACCCGACGUGGAGGUGGUGCUGGCGAACCCCAAGACCGCCGGUGUGGCCAGGUGGAUCUUUUUGGCGCUGUGGGGCGCUAAGAUGCGGCACGGCCACGAAGCUGCCCUCAACUACGUGACUAAGGUGUUUGGGAACGUCGUCGUACAGCCCAGAGACGCCCGAGAGGCUUCGGAUGUGUUUUACAAACAAAAGGUGGGCGACGUCCUUUUAACGUACGAGAACGAAGUCAUCCUCACCAACGAAGUGUACGGCGAUAAGGCGCUGCCGUACUUGGUUCCGUCGUACAAUAUCCGUAUCGAGUGUCCGCUGGCGCUUGUGGAUAAGGUGGUGGAGGGGAGGGGGCCUCAGGUGCAGAAGGCCGCUACCACCUUUUGCCGCUUCCUCUUCACACCCGCGGCACAGUCCGAGUUCGCCAAGCUGGGUUUCCGAAUCAACCCCCGCACGUGCAAGGAAGUGGCGGCGCGGCAGACGGGAUUACCGCCGGCUCAGCUGUGGCAGGUCGACAAGGAGCUGGGUGGCUGGGCGCGAGCGCAGGAACAGUUUUUUGAUGCGGGGGCAAUCCUUGACAAGAUUCAGUCGAGUGUGGGCCAACAGCGGGUGGCGAAGCAGCAGGCGGCGGGGUCGGCC